AUGUGAACACCAAUGAGCGUCACCAAUGAGAUGGCAACUCCCUGAAGGUAUGUUUCCUUGGCCGGAUGAGAUUCACCUGCAACAAAAGACACAGCAGCACAUUAUUUAAGUCUUCAGAAGAGCUUCAGAGCUGCGCCCCACAAACUGCAGUGUGAUUUCUCAGCAUUGUGGGACACAAAAGCAGAGAUCCUGGGUCCACUACGAGUCAGGUAAGUCACCUGAUGACAUUAAAGCCUUCUGGUUUUUGAUCACACACACAUGUUGAGACAUGUAAGAGGAUCAGGCGCCGGGAGAAAAGGCAUUUAGGCGCAUGUUUGACGGAUUUAUGAAUGUGAUAAUAACCGUUUAUCAUCUUCAUGUCGUGAGAUAAGACCUGACAUGCAUGUUGACUGAUAGCUACUAUUAUCAGCUAACCCAAUCUAAGCUCACAGGAGUUUAGGGGGGUGUAUGCUGGUGUUUCCUGCUUUCAUGUAAAGCCAAAAUGUGUGCAAAUGUUUUGAAUUUUUUGACACAUAAACAAAACCAACAAAAAAAAAAAAAGAGUUUCGAGUGUGUAGAAGUCUGUGUUUAUCGACAUGUCUAUAUUUCCUCCUUCAGUCAAACCAGUUCAGUCACAACGAUAUGAGCUUCACCUGCGGAGCUGCCUCGAGCGACUUUCAUCGAGUUCCCCGCCUAAAUUUAGGCCGUGCUCCCACAGUCACUCUGAAUUACAAAAACACAUCUAUUCAUGUCGAUUUGUAGGACAUUUGGACAUCUUUGUGACACGGUUGGAGAAGUGUGUUAAAUGACAGUGUGUCCUGAGGUUCUCACAGAUGUACGUCUUUGUUUGAGAGCAGCGCAGCAGAUCAGAUGGACCAGGUGUCGUACCGGUCAGUGGCGGCCAGUGAUGAUAUCACAGACGAGUCAGUGUCGCUGGUGGAGGACAGGUGGAGCUCCGAUGAAGAAGAGGUAAAAAAGUAAAAACAAUAGCUAUACUACAGGGGAGAGGGGGUAAGUUGAGCCAAAGGGUAAGGUGAGCCACCCCCUGUUGCUUGCAAAUGGUGGAAGAAAUUGAUCAUGUGACCAACUAUUUAGGAGAUGUGCAUCAAUUCAUGGAGUCUGUGAAGGUGAGAAGCACCUGGGUGAAGGGGUUAGACAUUUAUUUCCAAAAAAACAUUUUUCACUCUUGAAAUUGAAUUUGUGUUCAGACCAAAAAAGAGGUAGUAGGGAUACGACUCAACUUACCCCACACAUGGGGUAAGUUGACCAUAGGAGACCACUUUUUUGUCAUGCUAUAUUACCAAGACAGUUAUGUUUACACUCAUUCUGUUGGUUUACAGGGAUGUAUAACAUCUUGAAAUAUGCAGAUACACUAGUUAGAGACAAAACUAUGAUCGCCUUGAUGUAGUGAUCCGAAAUAUGAAAAAUGGCUCAUCUUACCCCACUCUCCCCUACACUCUUCUGCUUUAUAAAGCGUUCACAUGUCUGUAUAGAUGCUUCCUGUUCCCUCUCUGAUGAAAACCCCCAACAAAGUUACAAAUCUAGCUGUUUAUCACAGCCCAGCAUCUCUGAAAAGAUUGAUCACUAAUCUCUGUGUUUUAUCCUGUUAGUCAUGUACUUGUAGUAGUUAGCAAACACUGGAACCAUAUGUCUUAAUUCAAUGUUUAUUUCUCUUCCAUCAGACCUCAGACCCUCAGGGACAGUGUCUUGCAGCACCUCAGACUCCUCUCCCGACCUACAAACAGAGGUUUGAAGAGUUCAAGAAGCUGUUUAAAGAGUUGCCAGAGACAGAGAGACUAAUAGUGGGUGAGUUAAAAAAAAAAGCUAGUUCCCAUGUUUGAGUCAAAUAUUUGAGUGGAUAAUAUACUUUAUCGAGCUCCAAUUUUUAUCUGUCUAUUAUGUAAAAUUUCUUCAACCUACUGUACGUCAUAUUCUUCUUUUUAUAUCAUUGUGUAAAUUCCCCUACUUGAACUUUGAUGCCUCCCAAAAUCCUAAACUAAAUUUGUUCCACGUCAGUGGAGCGCACCUUUGUUGGUUUUUUAAUUAUUGAAAACUAAUUUACUGUCUAUCUCAUAAGACGGAUGAGGAGAAAUCAGGUCACCAAAAGUUGCUUGUCAACUCCUGCCAGUGCCUAAUAUCUGAAAUCUUGCCAAUAAAUGUAGGCUACUUCCUGCAGGAUCUUGCUUCCAAUCUCUUGUAGUAAUUGUGACUUUAGAUCAAAAAGUUUUUGAAUACUCAAAGAAGUAACUGCAGAGCUGUCAAAUGUUGACAAUCUGGUGCAUUACUGGUGAUACACAGUUGUUGGCAAUCAAAGUAGAUAUGGUGGGUGGACACAGUAAGGAUAACUAUUAAUUUGUAUGUGUGUGCAUACACACAUCAUAUAUGAUGGUCUCAGGUUAAACAACAACAAAAAUACAUCAAGGUUAUGUUUUCUUUUUCUGGUGAGCUCUUUAAUAAGUGUGAAAAAUACAUCCCAGUGUCAUUUCUAUAGAUGUGUUUCUUCUCUCCAUUUUCCCUCAGACUACCCAUGUGCCCUCCAGCGGGACAUCCUCCUUCAGGGACGCCUUUACCUCUCUGAGAACUGGCUCUGUUUCUACAGCAACGUAUUCCGGGGGACUAAGGUGAUAAAAAGUGACAGAGAGAAACACCAAAUAAACAUUCAUGUACCUGCAAAAAUAUAGUUUACACUGUUAACUUUUAAUUUUAUGAAGAUAACCUUUUGGAUUACCACUCUUUAGUUCUUAGAAGAUAAAAGUUUAGAUAAUGACAACUGCAAUGUAAUGAGGGACAUUAAGGCUUGUACUAAUAGAGUAAAAUCUAGCAAGUUCAGAAUUUGAAAAAAGUACAAAAACUAAAUAAAAGAAUAAAGUAAAAACUUCAGGUAAUAAAAAACAAAUCAGCUUCUUACAAACAAAGAGCAUGAAAUUCUAUUUUGAAAUCAUGUGCAACAAUUUCACAGGGACACAGACAUGAUAUGUGGAUUCACUAAUUGCUAUAUCAGUGCAGCCUCAGUAGACUGAAUAGUACCACAACAGUGUCCUAUUACUGCUCUGCUGUGAACAUCUGAUGAUGCAAUUUUGUCACAAUCUUUGAUAAUAAACAUGUGUGCACUACUGAAACCUCGAACCUUCCUUAUAGAUUGUCCUGACACUUAAAGACAUCCAAACUAUGACCAGAGAGAAGACAGCUCGGCUCAUUCCCAACGCCAUCCAGGUCUGCACCAGUACUGACAAGGUAGGUUUUUAAAAAGAGAGCACUAAUCACUUCACUUUUGAUGAGAUUAUUGUUGAUAAGAAGACACUUUUCAUCAUUCUAUCUUUUAGCUCUUCUUCACUUCCUUCUCGGCAAGAGAGAAAAGCUAUUUGGGGGUUUUCCGCAUGUGGCAGAACGUGCUGUUGAACAAGGUAAGGGCCUUUUUAUAUCACCUUAACAAAGUCUUUCAACCACAGACUUUAAUCAGUUCAGUCUUAAUCUCAGCUCAUGCUUCAUGUUUCUCAAUAGUUUCAUACCUCAGUGUCAUGUGUCAAGAAACAUGUCCACGAGUCAUACAUUUCCCAUGGAUCACAAUGACAGUUAUUAACAGAUUGCUGUCGUCACAUAAUUUCACUGCUGAGAAGCAGCAGCUGUGUGACUUUACCCCACUCUGCUGCAGCACUUAUCUAAUCAGUCCAGAGUACAUAUCAUACAGCCCCAACCACAGACCGUCUUCCUCUGGGGUUAUCAGAGGGUUUCUGCUGUUGCAUGUGGGGGAAAGAUCUGUACAGAGUAGCUGAGCCGGUUUUGUGAAGAAGUCCAACCGUACAGUCCUGUGUUUAUUUUUCUACAUACUGAGGUAGGAGGCUGUGUUUGAAAUGAUUAAUAUGUAUGAAUGUCAGAAUUAGCAAUUAAGUAGACCCCAGUUUAGCCAUUAAAAAAAUAAAUAUAUAAAGUGUCAUUUUAAAGAAAACUUCCGACACAUUUCAAGUUUGUUUGUGCAGAAAAUUUUAAAGCACCUGUGAGAAACGUUCGAUCGACAAUUGUUAUGCCUCUUGUGGACAAAGCCGAGCUUUACAUGUUUUUGCUAAACUCAACUCAACUCAACUUUAUUUGUUAAGCACAUUAAAACAACCACAGCUGUACGAAGUGCUGUACAUAACUAGCCAAAACAACAAGAUAAAAAACAAUCAAAAAACAAUUAAAACAAUGGAUAAAAUAAAAGCAGAAUUAAAAGUAUUGUUUUAAUGCUUUUAAAAACUAAUUUAAAGCACCUGUGAGAAACCUUCGAUCGACAAUUGUUAUGCCUCUUGUGGACAAAGCCGAGCUUUACAUGUUUUUGCUGAUCUUGUCCAGUACAUGUGGAAGUGUUUUGUCUGAUAUGAAAUCUAGUCCUCAUUUCUUUUAACCUUUCACAUAUCUCUGUGUGUGAAUCUUGAAAACCAAAGCUGUUCCGGCAGUGUGCAGACAGUCACCUCACCUGACACUAACCCGGCAGCAGCAGCAGCAGUAAAUGACUUACCAGUGGUGAUACAUUUAACUGACCAUAUAGAAGCAUCAGUACUAACUUCAGUCCCUUUCAUUACUCAUGUAAAUCUCUUGACAGAAGUUUCAAGUGCAGACUCUUGUGCUUAAAAUGUAAUAACUGUACUUGUGUAAUGUGUAUUUUAUUACAUUUAUUAGUAGUUGUUGAUGUGCAGUCCUUUUAAAUCUUAAACAGCACAGUUGCAGUAUUAUAGUAUGCCAUCAUAAGCGCUCAUGAUUCCACCUUGGGAAAGCUGGACUGUCGAUUAUGUAACUCUCAUACAAUUGCUUUAAAUUCUCACAGAGGAAAGACUGUAGGCGCGCAUUUAACACGUGGAGUUAUUUAGUUUUGGUUAGAUAGUAAAACGUCUGCUUUAAAUUGGAUCGACUCUUAGUAAACAGGCACUAUGGCCGCCAACCCGUGGGGGAGUGAGUCUGCGGGGAUCCUGAGCGCAAACACCUGUAUAAAAACAUCACCAUCUAAAGUUCAUUGACCCCUGCAGGUGUGGCCAUGGUGGCUCAUUUGCAUGUUGUCUCCAACCACACAGAGCGCACUUGACGCACCGCUCGAUCUGGGGCACAAACUACUAACAGAAACACGACAGAUGAGAUGAGUGUCUCUCUGCUCGGAUUGUCGAUUAACCGGACUUUCCUCGGGCAGAGCGGGCUUUUAUUUACCUUUAUCACGGUGGAAAUCGGGGCGGCGCGUGUGAUCGUAACUGCUGAUCUCAGAUCCAGGACUUCCUGAAUGUGGGUGCGCGGUGCGUCCAGGUUACAGAUCAUUGUUGGACAGUCAGUCAAAGCUCACAGCUGCGGGGAGAGCCGCUGACGAGUAAGUAGGCUAAAGUCUGUGUCAGAGUCACUUGGACUUUCUUUUUGUUUCAGAUGCAAAACUAAACAGAAACGCUCGUGUUUCCAUAUGGCAUGAGAAAUCUGAAUUUUCUUGAUAGUUCUCAGGCCUGGCAUUUUCUCAGGUUUUCUAUUUUGACAUUUUGUCUGUUGAAAUGAAAUAUCUUGGUUCUGUUAUUAAGUUUUAAAUCAAAAUUGACUGUCCUGAAUAUUUCCUCUGAGCACAUGCUUAACAUUUGUGAUACUUAUUUUUUUCCUUCAGAAAUAUUUUGUCCUGGUGAAACUAAAAGCUGAAAAGUCUCUGUCUAUCAAGGGUUAACAGAUAAAUCUGAGAUAGAUAUCUCAGCAGUCUGGAGAGACAAUGUUAGUGGGUUGUUCGUCACCAUUGGAGAUAAGACUAAAUUACACCGGAGACUUUAUGUCUCCAGGUUACCUGCAGCUCAUAAGCUGUUGACAUUGUUGUUUCUUUUGACCUGUUGCAGAGUUGUUAUUAGAAAAGUUGUUGAAGUUGUUGAUUCUAUUUUUUCCCGUCAUCUUAAACCCUUUUUUUCUGUUCUUUUUUUUUUUUUUUUUUUUUUUUAAUUUUAGCCUCUGACCAGUUUAGAGUUGUGGCAGAUGGUCAAACAGCAUUAUGGGUAUGAUCUGGGCCUGAGCCAUGAAGAAAUGGAGAAUUUACAGAUAGCAGCAGAAUCAAGCAUGCAGACCAGGUGAGCAGACCCCCUCACAUGCUUUUAUUUAUCUAUCUAUUGACACAAUUUGGAAAUGCAAAUUACCCAGAACAACUCCUGCCUGUUACAAACACGCUGUGGUAACUGAUGUUUUGCAUAAAAAGAUUUUAGCUCUUGCUCGUGUCUAACUCCUGUCCCUGCAUAAGCCUCUGGUUGAGUAAAAAGAGUAAAGAGUCAGACAAAGAUUACAUAAGAUGUCAUGCAUAAAAAAAAGGGUGGAAAGACCCAACAAUAAAUACUAUCACUGUGCUGUACUGUCCAACAACCUGUUCUGUUCAUCUGCAGCCUGACCGCGAGGCCGAGUGGUGAUGACGCUUUAGGGAAGUUGGAGCGGACUCCCUCUAUUCGUCUCCCUGGGGUGGAUCAUGGGCCUUUGGAGACUUCAACACCUCAAGGGGAGGAUUUGCCUUCCUUACAUGGGUCACAGUCCAACAUGGUACUAAAAACAAGAUUGAUUUCCUCUAUGAAAUGGGCUAUACAUGUCUUCUUAUAACUCAAACUCCAUCUUUUUUGUGUUGCGCUUCCCAUCAGGACGACUCCCGCAGUACCUCAUCUCAGCGGCGCAGUCCAGCCCCGUCUCUGGACCGCCUUGCCCCAGAGCGGGCUUCCAAACACUCCUCUCUUGACCUCAACGCCAACGAGAAUGGUGUGUCAGAGCAGAGUGGUUCAGAGAGCAUUGAAGAUGGUUCGUAGAUACUCAUGCUCAUUUUUUUAUUAUUUUUUUUGUAUAAUCAUCAUAUCAACAACUUCCUUUGUUUGCUUCAUCAGUGGACGAGGGGGUGGGUUUGCCUCAGGUGCAAGGUCGACUUUAUCUCAACAAGGUCUUCCACAUCAGCGCUAACAAGAUGUUUGAGCUGCUCUUCACGGAGUCUGGCUUCAUGCGCAGGUUUAUGAACGUCAGAAAGAUAACCAGUAAGAGUUCACCCUUUUCAAUCCGAAUGGUCGUGUUUGAAUCAAUAACUUUCUCCCUAUUAAAAAUAAUUCAAUGUUUCCUGUACUUUUUUAGAUGGUAGUUUUACUGCUUGGCAAAAAGACACUACAGGUCACAUGAAAAGAAGUCUUAACUACACAAUAACCAUCAGCAACCCUCUGAUUGGCAAGUUCUCCACCGCUACAGAGAACCAGGUGUGUUUACAUCCGUGUGGAUGCUGUGUGCUUCAGUGACUGGAUAAACACAUUUCUACGUGAUCUAUGGCUCCCUGCUUAUUUGUUCUCCAAUUACCCAUCAGACACUGUACAAAGAAUCCAGGGAUGGUCAUUACUACCUCGUGGACUCGGAGGUUUACACUCACGACGUUCCCUAUCAUGAUUACUUCUACACUCAGAAUCGAUACUACAUCAUACGAACCUCGAAGCGGAAGUGUCGACUCAGGUAAACAUUAUAUCUAUGUAAAUUAGAUCAUCUUUUUUGUGUUUCUCUGAGUGAGGGCCAUCUUUGAUUUCUCUUGUGCUGCCAGGGUCUACACUGACGUGAAAUAUAAGAAGCAGCCAUGGGGUCUAGUCAAAUCCUUUAUCACCAAAAACUCCUGGAGUGGCAUCGAGGAUUAUUUCAGACAGCUGGGUGAGCAGAAAGCCUCUUUCACACACUGCGAAGGCAGAAAAGGGCACUUGUCUGUCUUCAGUCCUCAGCCUGUGGUUUAUUUUUAUCCUCAUUUGAUAUGAAUGUUUUCCUCCAACACGCAUUCACAGGAUCAGCAGUAGUGAAUCAUGUUACAGCUGCAUUUGUAAGGAAGGACAGGAGGAAUAAUGAAGACCUGAUCUGCCACUUUAGCACGACUAUCAUCUACGUUUUAGUUGCUUGUAAAGCAGAGUUUGCAUUGUAACCGUAUUCUUAUUCAGUCCUGUGACAGUAUUUGUCUGUUUGUGUCCCUGUGUUAACCCCGUACAGAAGCAGAACUCAUGGAAGAGGAAGCAGAGAUGAAUCAAGGAGGCGGAGACUCUGGGAAGGGUGGGCUUCGGAGGAGGAGGCGGACUUAUAGUCGGACUCUGCCAGAGCACAUGAAGCCCAAUAAGCCCUACGGUCAGGACACUGAACAGCUAAGAGAUGGCAACAUGGGUACAUGGCAUUUCAUACUUUUUAUUACAGCUUUUAAAGGAACAGUGAGUCAGUGGUUCCCACAGAUUGUUCCAGUAUUUCAGGCAGUCGAGGAGGUAAUGGAGGUUGAAGAAAAACAUUGAGUAAAUUAUCCCAUUUCUGUCAACUACUAUAAGUUUAGUUGUUAAACGAAAAAUAAUGUAUCUCCAAUGUACUUAUACAGUUCAUAAGAACACUUUAAUUUGUUCACCUCAUUUUUCUGGCAUUUUUUUUUUACCUUCAUAGCUCACCAGCAGCUUUCCUUCUGUGAUACACACUCGGCUACACCUUAAUCUGUGUUUGAUAUUUUGAUCACAUUCAUCAGCACUUUUUUAUACAGACAUCAAAAUGACACAACUUGCAGUUUGUAAUCUUUUACUUGAUAUUCAUUUAUCACGACAGAUAACCUGCAUGUGAUCAACGCUUUUUGAUGACACAGCAUUUAGAAAUAAUCAAUUACUGAUAGUGCAAAAUGGCAUCAGCAGCAAGCAGUUGCACAAAUUCAACAUGUUGUUCCUCAAUCAGUGCAUUGACACAUGCAUCUUGCUGAAAGACCUCUCGCUCUCUCUCUUGUGUCAGGCACUUAAGGUUAUCAGACGAGAGAGAGAGUCACUAUCAUUGAUAACUGACAGUGAGCAGAGUAGCCUGAAAACAAAGAGGAACAGCUAGCCUAGCAACCAGCACCUCUGAAGGUGCGGAACUUAUCAACAUUUGGUUACUAGGUGACCAGCAGACUCCAGAUAUUCACUUGGCUGGGACAAGAAACUGUACAGCUCAUAGUGUUUUAAAGCUAAAGCAUGCUUCUUUUUUUGUCAUCUUAUUGUUUAAACUAUAUAGAUUGAAAAAUAGAAAUAUGAAGUCUUCUGCAGAUUUUAUGUCCUAAGCUAGGCUUACUUGGCUAACUUCAGCUUAAUGCUUGAAGCUCCUGUGAGGAGUUUUUGGUUGGUUAUGAAACAGACAGAAACAAACAACUACACUUUCAUUAUGAUCCAAAACACAAAUGAGACCAUAACAGGACUAGCAAUUUUUAUACUGUAAAUUUCUAAAGCCUAAACCCCAGCAAGGUAGUAGGAGCCAGACCAGAUGACCGACAGCUUUUGUUUUUUUUUUUUUUCUGCAGCAAAAACUUGCAGUGAGUCAUACUAUUAAAAGAUUUAUAGAUUAAACUAUCAGCCAUGAGUCUCUUCUGCAUGUCUUCCCUAGCUCUCUAUUUCAGCAAACAUUUCCCUUUUGAAGCUUUUGAAUAUUUUCUUUAAGUAGCUUAAGUCUUUCAAACAGAAUAAAAUGUUCUAAAGGAGAAUGCUGUGUAUUGAACAUCCAGUUCAUUUGCUAAUGUGUCAGCAAGCAGUUCUCAGAGUAUCAUCCACAUCCUGAAUCAAAUGUUUAUCCUGCAAACUGCACACCAUACCACAGGCACUGAGAAAGAGCAGAGUUAUGUAUCCAUCACUAUUUGUUGCAGCUGACACACCAAAACACACGUACAAUGAAUGUUUGAGAGUUGUCAAAAUAAUGUUUGCCUUGGGAAGAUAGUUUCUAACCGGUAGAACAAUGCAAAACUUUUAAAGCUGCAAUCCUGCUCUGUUUUUCUGUUCUGUAUCUGCAACCCAUGCUGUGUCCUGCUGUCUUACAGGCCCCAUAGAAAUAGGAGAGACAUACAGAUGGAACACCACAACGAUAGUGGCUGUGAUGAGUGUGAUGUAAGUACCUGUGAACACUUGGUUUGACAUGUGCACAAAGACUUGUAAUUCUUUAUGUGACUUGCCUUUAUUGUGAAGAAAGAGUGAGAUACGUGAGAUGAGAGAUGAUGUAAACUCUGUGGUCAGAUUUUAACUCCGUGUUCUGUCUCUUUCAGUUUGCUGGUUCUGAUGAUGAUGAAUCUUGGUCUGUUCUUUAAGUUGUGGGCAAUGGAGGAUGUAGCCCACCACAUGUUUCUAACCACAAAACAUCGUCUGAGAGAGAGGAGUGAGGCCAGGUGACAUGACUCUCUUUUCUCUCUCUUUUAUGUCUGUUAUAUUGUCUGUUUUAGACUCUCUCUGCUGCUGCUGCCAUGACCGUUUAAAUGGCUGAAGUCUUGCUGUGGGUGGGCAGAGAGAGGGGGUUAGCCUUCCAUUAUUUUUUUCGUGUCUGGUGUUCAAGCAGCCCACGUAGGAGAGUGCUCAGAAAAGUCUUGUUCAGAUGACUCAGUGUUGAAACUGCCUGUUUGUCAGUCUCUGAAAAUGGGGUUAUGUAAGUGACAUAGUCUUACAUCAGUGCUUCUCCACUUCUCCAAUCUUUCUCUCAAUUCACAUCCGUCUAUGUAUAACACACAUAAAUGUUGUUGUUUCACAGCUUGGCUCCUGAAUAUGGCCCCAGACAGGGUCCAGGGUAUAGGACUGUAGAAGACAUGCAGCUUCUGAAAACUGUUCUGCAGGACUCCAUCAACCUUUUGGAACAGGUAGGAUUGGUUGUAUGCCCUACAGAAAAGACUGUUGGACUUCUCAGAGCGCAGAUGAACUGUAGCAGAUAUGCUAAACGUGUCGCUGGUUGGAAAAUAGAAUUUAACAUCUGAUUUUAUUAAACAAACAACAGUGUAGAGAAAUGAGGAUACAGUUUUCACAGUCAUGUUAUAUAGUUGUAAAGAAGUCAUGUAGCUGUGUUUUUAUCCAGGACUCUCUGGUAUUGUUUAUAACAAUAACUUUACUGUUUAUUUUGGUUAUAAUUUGUUCAUACUGUGAAUUAAUUGAGGUAAAAAGGAGCUGAAGUACUCACUGUUGGAAGCAAAGCUCAUCCUUGCUGUUAUUUUUCUCUGUCAUCACGGCUCAUCGCAUGAAUUUAUCAAUAUCCUCUAACACCUUUUUAUACCUAAGCCAGGUGUUGUGUGUGCUGAGUCAGUUCCUCUUCUCUCAUAGCUCCGCAGUUCUCUGAUGGUGCUGCAGCAGAACUUCGCUUUGGCUAAUCGGACUGCAGCGCCACAGUGACGCUCCACACCUAGCAACCGCAAAGUUCCCGUCCCCCCAGCCCUGCAGCAGUGAAAGCCUCUGAGGAAAUCUCUGGUUUCCAGUGACGUUGCCGUGUAGACAUCCCAGGACACCUGACAUGCCAGGAGUUACCAGGGGUUACCUGUCCUAAAGCCUGUGAUCUAGCAUCAGGUGCCAGGAUGUUUGUAAAGCUGUGGACUAACUGAUUGACUGACUGCUGCCAUUACAGAGUUGCAUCUAAAUCAGACACACAGCAGGUCUAAAUUCUUGUAAGGUGCUGGUUGGUUUCUUUACGUUUAUCAAUAGUUGAAUUAGUUUUCAGAAAAUGUUUUCCUGAUGAGCUUUACUACAUUCAUAUGAGCCUCUUUUGACAGCAGAUGAGCUACUGUAAAUACUUUUAUGUAGUUUUAUUCAAGGGGAGUGAAUCACUGUUAUUUAAAAUGACUUUUUUUCUGUACCCACACUUUUGCACAUUUUAAUUUUUGCACGUGCCUCAUAGAUAACUGUGAUUUUAAAUAUCUUUUUAGAUUUUAUUUCUAAUAAAUAAUAUAGAAUCUGUGACUCAUUCUAUUUAUCUUAUAUACACUUUUUCAAUAGCCUGAUGAAUUCACCCCAGGCUGAUAUAAAGGAAUAUUUUUUUAUGUUAAAUAGUGAAAGAAGCAAUCCUGAUCACCUGUACAUCUGUUUUGAUUCUGUUUUUCCCAGACUUUCUUUUUUUUCCACCCUUAUUCUUCACUGUUACUUCAAUAAAGAUAUGAGGUUGGUGCAUCA